UUCCACAAAUAUAAACCCUAGCAUCCUUCUUGUUACCUUACAAACCCUUGCUGCAACUCGUAGGAGAGAGACGCACAGGCGCCGCAGUAGCAGCAGAGCCAAAAAUGGAGCCAGCGAGAAAUGUAAAGGAUGUUUCACCUCACGAGUUCGUGAAAGCUUACGCCGCUCACCUCAAGCGUUCCGGCAAGAUGGAGCUUCCUGAGUGGACUGACAUCGUCAAGACUGGUAAACUGAAAGAGCUUGCCCCAUACGACCCUGAUUGGUACUACAUUAGAGCUGCUUCCAUGGCAAGAAAGAUCUAUCUGAGAGGAGGUCUUGGAGUUGGUGGAUUCCGAAGAAUUUAUGGUGGUAACCAGAGGAAUGGAAGCCGCCCACGUCAUUUCUGCAAGAGCAGUGGUUCAGUUGCCCGCAACAUCCUUCAGCAAUUGCAGAACAUGAACAUCAUUGACUUCGAUCCCAAGGGUGGAAGGAGAAUCACAUCCAAUGGCCAGAGAGAUCUCGACCAAGUUGCUGGAAGAAUUGCUGUUGCCAUUUAAGAGAGAUGAAAGCAAGCGUUAUUAUAAUACAUGAGUUGCUUCAAACUUAUAAUUUCAGCUUGGACCAUAUAGAUGUAGGGUGUUGUUGAAUCAAUUUUCUGCAUGUUUUGCCUUUUUUUCUUCUUUUAUCAUGGGAUUCUUUUUGCAUCAGUAUGCUAGUUUUGUCCUUUCAGUACUUUAAGAUGUUACUUGGGCCUGCCCUCUCUUUGAGCAUAACAUUCUUAUUCUCGUUAAGGGUGUGUUUUAUAUGGA